AUGGCUCCUCAACAAUGUAUACGCCUUAUGAAUGGGCCUUUGCAAUUUUCAAUAAGUCAAUUUUUCCGUCUCUCCUCAAAUAAACAUUGGACGACACGCGCACGUUUACUAUUGUUAUCACCAAAUUUACGUGAACCACGUCCAUCAGAAGAAAAAGAAGAACAAACACUUGAACGUAUUCAAUUAUGUCCAUCAUUAGCCGCUGGUUUUCCACAUUUUGCUUCUGGAAUAUGGAGAAACUGGGGUAGAGAUACAUUUAUAUCAUUACGUGGUCUUCUUUUAUUAACUGGUCGAUACGAAGAAGCUCGUUAUUUAAUAUUAUCUUAUGGUGGAUGUCUUCGUCAUGGUUUAAUACCUAAUUUAUUAGCUGAUGGUAAAGUAGCUCGUUAUAAUGCACG